AUGAAGGGAUUGGUCACAGCCAUGGGCAGGGACGUAUCCCUGCACAACUUCAGCAGGAGGUUGUGGGAGCAGCACAUCCAUGUUUACGUCCACAAGGCUGACAAACUUGCUCUUCUUUUGGGUAAAAGCCACCUGUGUUUGUGUGGCCUUACUACGGCCAUGUGCAACUACUACAACUCCAUCCCUGCAUCCCCCUCCCUCUUCAGAGACACUUCUGACACGGUCUCCAUCAGCCUGGCCCAGCACUUAGAGAAGACCAACAAAGAGGUGUCUGCUAGUUCUAACCAUCAGAAUACACAGAGCAGCUUCACAUCACUUGUGGAAAACAGGAUCAAGGAGAAAAUGGAUGCUUUCUUGGGAAAGUUCUAGCUGAGUAGCAGAACCUUGUAACUUAUGUACUAUGUAAUUCUAAGUAAAUCAUUAAAAUUUUUAAAAAGCAACGCAUGAUUGUAAA